AUAUAAGAGGAGGAUAAAGCCAAUAGCUGAGAGAGCGCCGUGGAAGCGCCACGUAAGCAGAGAAAAGGAUUUUCCAUGAAUAACCUCCCAGUUCAUGUGAUUACCCUGAGCCUCUGUGUCACAUCAAUUCCCAGGUGCCUGAGCUUCGGAGCAACAUGGACAAGCGGAUCCUGGAAGGAUUUGCAGCAGAAUUCAUUAUCCGUCUCUUGCUCUUCGGAAUAUUCCUGAUCUCAGAAACAAUGCAUCCGUUUGAGCGAGUGAUUCAGCCGGAAGAGAUGUGGCUCUAUAGGAACCCGUAUGUUGUAUCCGACCGGAUCCCCACCAACAGCAUGUUUCUCAUCUCCUUCCUAACCCCUCUCUCAGUGGUGGCUCUGGCGAGGUUAUUCUGGAAAGCAGACGGCACUGAUUCAAGGGAGGCCGGCCUCGCUGCCAGUCUCUCUCUUGCCCUGAAUGGCAUCUUCACCAACACAGUGAAACUCAUUGUUGGCAGACCUCGUCCAGACUUCCUGUUCCGCUGCUUCCCAGACGGCCAGGAAUCUCCAGGGCUUCAUUGCACCGGAGACCCAGAGCUGGUGAUUGAAGGAAGGAAGAGUUUCCCCAGUGGUCAUUCUUCUUUUGCAUUUGCGGGCUUGGGCUUUACUGCCCUGUACCUGGCUGGCAAGCUCCGAUGUUUCUCUCCGUGUGGCCGUGGCCAUUCCUGGAGACUCUGCGCCUCCUUGAUCCCUCUGCUCUGUGCAAUCGCCAUUGCUCUAUCCAGGACCUGCGACUACAAGCACCACUGGCAGGAUGUGGUGGUUGGAGCCUUCAUAGGACUUUUCUUUGCGUUCCUUUGCUACAGACAGUAUUACCCUUCCCUAGUGGAGCGGGACUGUCACCAACCGUACAGGAACAAAGGGCGCAUGUCGGGGGCCCAGGAAAGGAAGCUCAGCACCCCUGGAUACAGUCUGGAUGUUUAAUCACGGGGGGCCCAUACAUUUAGAUUGCUACCUCAGCACUUCAGUCUGCCAGCUCCUCGCCGCUCACCAUGGAUUAUAUUCCCAAACAGCACACGGGCCUUGAGAGCUGCAGAUUGGCUGGUCACCUAUAGCUCUUUGUUUCUGUGAAAAAGGGAAAGUAGUUUUGUGAAGGAGAAACCAUGAUUUUAUACAUCUGCACAAUGUCCACAGGCUGCUGGGGGCGUCUCCCCCGGAACUGAAGCCUCUGCCCAAUGUGGCUGCUUUUUAAUUGUACACUGGGAAUUAUUACUUUCAUUUUUAUUUUUUUUUUCCGUAUUAAUUGUUACAUUCCACAACAUAGAGAAUUUUAUACAAAGGAAAUCUUUAAUUUGUUCCCUCCAGUACUGUAAGGGGAACUGUAGCCUUGUGUGAUAUGUCUGUAGCUAUCGCUUCGGAUUUCCCGAGUCGCCUCACGAGGAAACCACGGAAACCUGAAACGACACGCGUGACAUCCCGCCGGCGAUUUGCAUUUGUGCCGGUGGGAAGGGAUUUCGGGGAGAUUAGUUGGCCGCAGUAGAUUUAUCACAUUGUGACUAGGGAUGAGCAAAUUUUUUUCGCCCAGUUUUAUUGCGGAAAUGACGCCCAUAGGGGCUGAUUCACGAAAGGUCGAUAAAGUGAGUGUUAUUUAUAGCAUGGCGUAAAAAUGAUAUCAAUUCUUAUUAGGGACGCACUGAAUCCACUAUUUGGCUGAAUCCUUUGUGAAAGAUUCGGCCAAAUACUGAUCCGAAUUUGCAUAUGCAAAUCAGGGGUGGGAAGGGGAAAACAUUGUUUACUUCCUUGUUUUGUGACAAAAAGUCACGAAUUCCCUCCUCGCCCCUAAUUGCAUAUGCGGAUUCGGUUUGGCUGGGAAGAAGGAUUCGAUUGAAGCUGAAUCCUGCUGAAAAAGGACGAAUCCUGGCUGAAUCCCGAACCGAAUCCAGGCUUUGGUGCAUCCCUAAUUCUUAUAUUUUGAGAAAGACAAACUUUUAGUGAAUCGUUCUCACUUUUAACGUUCAUUUUAGCUGAAUUGUGUGCGGUAUUUUAUAGCGUGCGUUAUUUUGUGUGAUAUUUUUUAGGGCAUUUGAUACAGUCACACGUUAUUAGUGUAUCUAUAGCACCUAAGACAUUCGGAUGCCACUGGCAGAGUAGAAGUCGCUUUUUACUAUUCUAGUCAUUUAUUUCCCUGGGAAACUCAAUCUAAUUCCAGGACACAGAACGUAGUGGAUUCUCAAAGUAUCAUGAAAAUGUGUUAGAGGCUGUGGGUAAGUCUCCAGUUCCUCAUAAAGGUCUUUAUUUGCUGCCCUACAUUUCCCUCUAUUAAUCCAUCUGAUGUCGUUUACUAACGCCUACUCCUAGGUGUUACAUUUCCGUAAUUAUCGCACUAUUUUAUGCUUUUCACUUAAAAGAUGUCCGUGAAUAAUGCGUUAGGAUUAAUUUUAUUCUCUAAUUAUCGCAAUGCGAUUAGAAUACCACUGCGCAGAAAUGUAGAAUUAUGCUUGCGAUACCUUUAUUAGCGCAUGCGAAAAUACUUUGAAUUGUUCAUUAAAUAAGAACAAAACAGUGCGUUGAUAAAUAACGACCUUUAAUGAAUCAGCCCCAUAGACUCAAUUGGGCGAAUAAAAUGUUGCGCAUCAACAAAAUCUGUCGCCAAUAGACUUUAAUGCAUUCCUGUGAAUUUUCGCCGGAACGGGUCAAAUUCGCCCCUCCCUACAGGUGACUAAUCUCCCCGCCCUUAAUCAAGUGCAGACGGUGAUUAGAGGUUCUGUUUACCCUGAUUGAAGGACAGGUAGUGACAUGUUAAGUACCUCGUAUAUUACCGUUAUUUAUUCUACCAGCUCUCUCUAGUUGUUUAUACAACUCCCAGCAAUCCUCAGUAGAAGCACGGACACUGCCUCUCCAACAACUCAUUCCAAAUCCAAGGAGAUUACUAUGAUUUUACUCCAUCCUUUGCUUCUACACCAGCCUCUGCUCUUCUGGGAGGGUUGCCACGAGCUGGUGGAACGUUAUUUGGGGGGGAUUUGUUUCUAUUCAGCCAGUGCUGAGGUUGGACAUGGAUCAGGACUGGCUCACAGUCAUUGUUCCAAUUCUUCCAACAAGCGCUCAGUUGGGUUGUGCCACGUCCAUCCUAGCAAACCCCUCCUGUAUGGACCUCACUUUGUGCUGCAGUAGGAACGAACCAUUCCCAACAACGUAGGGAACAUGGAAUUGUCAGGAAUGUAAAUGAAUGCUGUAGCCUUAAAGUGUUGCUUUUAGUGGCACCAUGGAGACCAGCCCCAGACCGUUAUUCCUCCUCCUUCAUUGGAAGCCACAAACGUCCGCUGUGGGACGUGCAAAGCAUUUCCUGAGGCAUGCUGGGAGUUGUUAUAGAAAACAAUAAGACUGAGCUCCCAGAUGUAGUUCAUUGGAUAGAUAGGAAUUCCAUUUCUGGGGUUUGGGUUGAGAGGGAUUCAGAGCAGAGUCUGGUGCUUUCCUGUAUAGUGAUGUUUUGGAUCAGCCGUAUUAUCAUUUCAUGACUGGAUAAUGUGAAAAAUAGGUAGAAGUGAUCAUUUUCAAUCUUUGCUUAGCACCGUCACUAGGGCAGCCGAAUACUAAUCUACUUGGAGGUAGAGAAGGCUCCGUCCUCUGCAUGGACUUAAGAGCAGCCAAAGGUAUCGUAUUGUUCAAAUGUACGAUGUGUCCAUCAACUCUAACGACCAUUUCAAGCGAUACUUGAAUGUAGAACUGCAGGCAGCCUAUGUCUGUUCCUUUUGUCUGGGCCUGUUAGGAAGUGCACUCUGGGUACAGACAAUGCUCCGCACCAUCACUAGGGGUCACUUUUUCAUCUGUCUAAACCCAGAGUGAGGAGAAGACAAGCCGUGUGCUGCAAACAGGGUUGGACUGGGGAGCCCGGGGCUUCUGUAAGUGCUAGGGUUGCCACCUUUUCUAAAUGUUACCGGCCGGUGGGGGCAGGAACUAAAGGGGGGCAGAGCCAUGCAUAGUGAUGCAAAAGGGGCGGAGCAACCCGCGCAAUGGCCAGAAGCCUGAAAAAAAGCUAAGUUCUGAGCGAAUUGGGGGCUAGGGGCUUUUUUUAAGUGUAUUACAAAUUACAAGCAACUACAUUGCCAGUAAAUUUGUAAUACCGGCCUUGGCAAAAUACUGGUCGGGUGGCAACCCUAGUAAGGUAAAGCCCCCCCCCAGCCUCCUGACGCUGCUGCAAAAUCCCCCUACGGGCCCCCCACCAAAGCCGCAAUCCUCCUCCAUCCCCCACACCUUUCUCAUUACAUUGAACGGGACAAGAGAAGAGGUUCAGGACUUGGUUUGGGCUGGCGGGGCCCACUGGGUUUUUCCCGGUGUCCUGCCGGACCCUUUAUACACAAAUAUACAUGAAGCUCGAGAGGGUUGGACCCUUUAUAGAGAUCUUUGCGGACAUUUCAUCCAAUGAGCCGGCUCUUUCCUAGACUCACAUUUGUGACUGUUCUGUCUCUAGUCCUGUUCCAGGUCAAUAAACUAGGGAUGCACCGAAUCCAGGAUUUGGCCGAAUCCUUGUGCCUGGCUGAACCAAAUCCUAAUUUGCAUAUGUAAAUUGUGGGGAGGGCAGGAUUUCAUAUGACUUUGUUAUUAAACAAGGAAUUAAACCAAUUUUUUUCCCACUUUUUCAUUUUUACUGCCAUUUGCAUGUGCAAAUUAGGAUUCGGUUCGGUAUUCGGCUGAAUCUUCCAAGAUGGAUUCAGGGAUUCGGCCGAAUCCAAAAUGGGGGAUUCGGUGCAUCCCUACAAUAAACGCUUAGCCAUUCCCAGUAUUACAAUGACAAGAAAAUAUUUGUACAUGAGGAAAGUUCUGACCCAGGAAACGGGGGGGUAAUCACUGCGUUUAUGUUCAAUGUCGGCCCAUAGGGGCUUCAGGAUUUCCUGACUUUGUUCAGACGCUACAUUUUAGGCAGUCGCAGUUCAUAGGAACAGAUAAGUCAUGUGACAGCCGCUCUCAUGUCUAAAGGAUUUAAUAACCAACAUGGUAAUAAACUCAAGCAAUUUCUUA